UCUCACGGCACGGAUCGCGCCGGACGCCGUGUAACAGGAAGCACAACAGCCAACAGAUGCCCCUUAAAUUAAGACUGAAUCGUCCGUUGUGUGUCAAAGGUGAAAAGCGACCACUGAACACCUCAACGAGGCGGCAUCAGGACAGCCCGGCGGGCAAGGUACGUACGCACAAGUGAAUACAUUCCUGAAACCACUUAUACGCCAGCCUGCCUUGAAUCUUAAUCACAUGCCGACAGUCAAGGUCACCCAUCUGCUGCUGCAUCCUCUACCUUGGCAUCGUGUUGUGAUGGCUGAGGGAAGGUCUGAGUGAGGGCUGCGUUGUGUCCCGCCUCACGAUAUAUCAUGAUUCAGUAACUGGUUACAGUAGAAACAAAACAACCGACGGGAAAGGAACCUAAAAGCCACUAAUGAAUUGUAUUACAUCAGCAAAUCAGAGAAAUGGAAUAUAUAUAUAAAUAUUGCAUGAAAUCAUCUUCCAUGUAGAAAAAUAAAAAAUAAACAAAAGAACGCAGAAACAAUCUAUGAAAUCAAAAUAUACUUGCUAUAAAUAUAUUAUCUCUCUCUCUCUCUCUCUCUCUCUCUCUCUCUCUCUCUCUCUCUCUCUCUCUCUCUCUCUCUCUCUCUCUCUCUCUGGGUAAAUAAAUAAAAAAAUUUAAAAAAACCCGCACUCUCCUUCUCAUGAUACCCAAAGGUGGUGUUGUGUUCUGAAGAAGAAAGAAGAUUAGCGGCGAGAAGUAAACGUGAGAGCGGCAAUGAGCGAUGCUUCGUGGGGAGAAAGACGUGAAGAGAGAAGGAAAUGGGAAAGAAAUGAUGAAUUAAUAUGAGAACAUAAGCAUGUGAAGAUUACGUGAAACAGGAAUUGUACAGAACUAGUAAUACGAAGCAAAGACAUCUAGUGAGUGGUGAUGGAGUAAGGCGUCUGGACACAGUACUGCCACGUGGAAAGACAAGAAAGGAGAAGGGACGCAUCGGAGACUAUGAACUGUGUGGCAGAGUGAGGAGUAAGGUGAUGUGUGUGCCGGGAGGCCACGCGGGGCCUAGAGUCGGCCGCUGACCGAGAUAAAAACACUCCCGGCAUGGUGGCGGGGAUCUCGUCUACCGAGGCACUGAGGGAGGCGCGGGAGGAGGCGGGGACUGAGGGCGUGGAGGCAUGGGAAGUGUGGAGCACACUGUCCUCCCCUAAGCUAGCGGAGGAGUUAGAUGUGGAUGAAAGUUUCCUGUUGGGACUGAACUUGACGGAGGGAGCGGCAGUAGCGGCGGGCGGGGUAAGUGUGCUGGCAGAGGAGCAGUGCGAUGCCCUCCGCCGGCUCAACCAUUCGCUGCCCAACACCACCGCCUGCCUGGGCCACGCGCCGCAGUUCACUCCGGAGUCCCAGGUGCGGACCAUUGUGCUGGCCGUGAUGGCGGUGCUCUCCCUGGUGGGCAACACGGCAACCAUCGUCAGCAUAGCGCGGGAGAAGAGACGCUCUCGCUCCACCGUGUAUACGCUUAUCCACCACCUGUCCGUCGCUGACCUCUUCGUCACCUUCGCCUGCCUCACCACCGAGGCUGUGUGGACUUUCACCGUGCAGUGGUUUGCGGGGAACUUCCUCUGCAAAUUCAUAAAGUACAUGCAGAUGUUCAGUCUGUACCUGUCCACCUUCAUCUUGGUGUUGAUUGGCGUGGACAGGUUCACGGCGGUGCGCUAUCCAAUGCGUCGCUCAGACACCCAGCGGCACUGCAGCUACAGCAUCAUCUUCGUGUGGGUUCUGAGCGGCAUCCUCAGCAUCCCGCAGGUGCUGGUGUUCCACGUGGUGCGCGGUCCCUUCAUUGAGGACUUCUACCAGUGCGUCACGUACGGCCUUUACUCGCCGGCGUGGCUGGAGAAACUGUACGCGGUGUUCAGUCUUGUCUGUAUGUUUGUGCUGCCCUUGCUCAUCCUCCUCCUCACCUACAUUUCAACCUUCGUCACCCUGCAUAAGAGCGAGAAAGUGUUCCGCAGUGAGCGCACCACCCUGGGGAACACCUGCCCGGAGUUCAACAGGCGGCGGCUGCUGAGGAAGGCCAAGAUGCGCGCCCUCCGCAUCUCCGUGGUCAUCGUGCUGGCCUUCGUCAUCUGCUGGACUCCCUACUACAUGAUGAUGAUUAUCUUCCUCUUCACCACCGUGGAGGAUAAUGUGGCAGCAGAACUUCAAUCAGGCAUUUUUUUCUUCGGGAUGUCCAACAGCCUCGUUAACCCGAUCAUUUACGGCGCCUUCCACCUGUGUCACUGCCACAAACGGAGGACGUCUUUCAACCUCAUCGUAAUCAACAGGACGGGCUCCAACCUGCAGUACCGGGCCAGCACGCGCGCCAGCUCCCGCUUCACCACCUACAGGAGUUCCGGGGCUGACCUCGACACCUCGGUGGUGAACGUGUUUGAGGAUGGGGUCCGCUACUCGUUCCGGCGACGCUCCAGCCGGCAGAAGAGCAUCCUGGCAGCGUCCACCAGAAGGUCGCACGAAGAAGCAGGCGGGCGGGACCAACUCCUGAGACCCUCGGUGCGCUACGGCAGGACGCUCAAACCCGUGGGAAGAUCGCAUGCCGGGUCAUACGACCCCUCCCCGACCGGCCUCUCCCCUCUGGCUUGCUUGGGCGAGAAGCGCGAGAACGACGACGAGGAGGACGAGGACGAGAAGAGGGAGGGAGUGCCCACGGGGAGCAUGGAGGAGGAGAGGAAGAGGAGACGCAAGCAUCACAUCAUUGAGGUAAGCAGCAAUGGCAGGAAGGCGGGAGACGACUCUUGGUCUCUCAACGACAACCUCAAACAAAGGAAUAAACGCGCUCUUCCACAAAUAACUCGGUCAGUCGCAAGAUCACGCACGUCCCUGCCGCACGAGGAGGGCGUGCUGGUCACCACGUCACCCAAAGACCUCCCGUCACACCAAUAUAACGGAAUCUCCCUGCUUCAGACAACAGACAACAACCGCGAGUUGGACACACAGCUGUGAGAGGGAGAAAGAGAAGAGCAAAAACCAAGGAACACAAAUGACAAACAAACAGCGGCUUACCUGUUGCCCCUUUCAGGAUUGUUUUUGCUAAAUUUCGCUAUGAGCAUCUAGGGGAAAACGAGGAAGUGGAGGAAGAGAU